AUGAUCAUGAGCUGGUCCCCAGAAGAGUGUGGAGGGCAGGGAGAGCCCCCCGGUGACAGACACACCCUCUGUGCCAGGCUGGUGGAGAAGCCCAGUGGAGGGUCUGAGGAGCACCCUGAGUCUGGCCCGAGACCCAUCGUCACCCGCACGGCCUCUGGGCCUGCCCUCGCCUUCUGGCAGGCAGUGCUGGCAGGGGACGUGGGCUCUGUCUCCCGCAUCCUCGCGGAUUCCAGUGCCGGCCUGGCUGCUGAUUCCAUCUUUGAUACCAGCGACCCAGAGCGAUGGAGAGAUUUCCGCUUCAACAUCCGCGCUCUGAGACUCUGGUCUCUGACGUAUGAGGAGGAGCUGACCACCCCACUGCAUGUGGCGGCCAGCCGUGGCCACACAGAAGUUCUGCAGCUGCUGCUGAGACGGCGGGCGAGGCCGGAUAGUGCCCCUGGGGGCCGCACUGCCCUGCAUGAGGCCUGUGCUGUGGGCCAUGCUGCCUGUGCCCACGUGCUGCUGGUGGCAGGGGCUGACCCCAACAUCCCUGACCAGGAUGGGAAGCGCCCCUUGCAUCUCUGCCGGGGGGCUGGCACCCUCGAGUGGUGUUGCUGUGAUGUUUUACCUCGGUGUCGCGCCCGCACGGAUGGUCGAUCGGAGGAGGAAGAGGAGACUCCUUUGCAUGUGGCUGCCCGACUUGGCCAUGUGGAGCUGGCGGACCUGCUUCUAAGACGGGGGGCAUGCCCUGAUGCCCGUGAUGCUGAAGGCCGGACCCCACUGCUGGCUGCCUGUGACACCCGCUGCCAGUCCCCCGCUGAUGCUGAGGCUACCACCACCCGCUGCUUCCAGCUGUGCCACUUGCUGCUCUCUGCUGGAGCAGAUGCCGAUGCUGCUGACCAGGACAAGCAGCGGCCCCUGCACCUGGCCUGUCGCCGUGGCCAUGCGGCCGUUGUGGAGCUGCUCCUGUCCUGUGGUGUCAGUACCAAUGCCAUGGACUAUGGGGGACACACGGCCCUGCACUGUGCUCUGCAGGGCCCACCUGCAGCCCUGGCCCAGAGCCCUGAGCACGUGGUGCGGGCUCUGCUCAACCAUGGUGCUGUCCGCAUCUGGCCAGGGGCCCUGCCCAAGGUGCUGGAGCGCUGGUGCACAUCCCCGCGAACCAUUGAGGUCCUGAUGAACACCUACAGUGUCAUGCAGCUUCCUGAGGAGGCCAUGGGCCUGGUGCCUCCUGAAACCCUGCAGGAGCACCAGCGUUUCUACUCCUCCCUCUUCGCCUUGGUGAGGCAGCCCAGAUCACUGCAGCAUCUGAGCCGCUGUGCACUCCGCUCCCACCUGGAGGGCUGCCUGCCUCAUGCGCUGCCCCGCCUUCCCCUGCCGCUCCGCCUGCUCCGCUACCUGCAGCUAGAUUUUGAGGACGUGCUCUACUAAAUGUCCACUGCCUUUUGAGAGAGCCUGAAAGUAGAUGCCCCAGCCUGCAGGGGGC